UUAGCCGGAGUUAUUUAAAAUUAUAAGUAUUUACCACACAGUCAAACCCAUCUUAUAAGGCGGAAAAUUUAAUGGCUGCUUCCUAAAUUGUCACUGUCGCCAAGCGGUUCGAUGUGCUGCUCCUUAUUUUGACCAAUCGUUUGAUUUCGCCACCAGUCCUUAGUUGACUGGUUACAGUACUCCCUUUGACAUUUGGUUAUCCGUACUUUUGUAUCGCAGCCGGCUGAUCGAAAACUGUAAUAAUCGGACGUUUUAAAAUUAUCCAGUAACCCUUCAAACGCACUUCAAAAUCAAACACAUCAAAAUCAAACACAUCAAAAUCAAACACAUCAAAAUCAAACGCUCUUGAAAAUCAAACUCUAAAUCCAGCAUUCUCUACGAUCUCACAAAAUGGGUAUUCCUGUUAUGAAGCGCUGCUGCUGCCUUGAGCUUAAAUGGGGAGCUCUUAUUGCCGCAAUUGGGGAUUGGGCCUUGACAGGCACAGUUGUUGGCCUGACCGGAUGUAAGUCUUACCUUUUAACUCACUUACUUAAAACGUGUCCUAAACCGCUUUUUACAGAUCUCCGAUUUGGCCACGACAUUAUUUGGUAUGUCGCCAUCCUUAUUCAUAUUGCCCAUAUAGUUGGCUGCAUUUUGGUUGUGGUUAGCGUGUUUGUGCCAAAUAAGAAAUUUGUUAUGGUGUACCUAAUAACUGGCAUAAUUCGUAUACUUUUUGACAUAGCCUUCCUAAUAUAUCUCUGCAUACUGGUCUUUAAUGCCUUAGUUGUAGCCAUAAUUAUGACAAUUAUUGGCAUCGUUCUCGCGCUGUACUGCUGGUACGUCAUCUUCUCGUGGUUCAGGAAACUCGGAGGUUCUGCCCCAGUAGAUAUUUAGACUGGCACGCCUCACUCCAACCAUUUAAAUAAUAGUUCAAAACCAAUCCGACUAAAUUUAUGUGCAGUUAAAUCUGUUAUCAUACAAGGAAACCCACGAGUACUGUCCCUAAUUUGGAAGGCACUCUUGUCUACAUAUAUUACAAGUUCAAACAGAAGGUGUUCUCCUUAAAAUGCUGCUGCCGUGAUCAAAGAUGAGGACCUGAUUAGCUAUAUUGCACACAUGAUUAAAGCGACUGCAAAAGAAAAUGAACGUACUGUUACUAUAAGACAUGAAACAUAGAUAAUAUUUUAUCUUACAGCCGGUCACCAUUGUUACCCUACGUUGCCCAUUUAGUCGCCUGUGUUUUUGGUUAUCUUUUUAGUUUGAGUGGUGGCGCGAUUUACCCCGGGUUCUUUGGCUAUUUAUGGUUCAAGAUGCUUUGAAGGUCAACUUGAGUCGAAUCGCCUGGAAACCCAUACUUUGGAGCAGUUUACAAAUUUGAUUUUCUUGUUGGCUCAAAACUUAAACGUAUUCGAAAUAAAUUCAAAAUUAAAACUUUAAA